AUGAAGAGACCCCCACAUGUUAACGUUAAGGGUCUCUCUAGAGACAUUCCAAUGGAAGAUCCGCCUUGUUCGCUACAGAGUAGAUCCACUGUGGCAAGUCCCGCUGUGGGAAAAGAACGAGACACAGAUACCCACACGCCAAGGAAACCUACACUGGCAACCACGAUAGUCUCGGACACGCCAACAGCUGACACCGCAUUAAUACAAACUGUCUCAGAGUCUCCUACACAGAGGGAAAGAAACCCAACCAGUGUCGACGCCGCCAAAUCAAGGGAAGACACCCUCCUUCUGAAGCAAAAGGGUGGUUUAAACGGUGCCAGCACCAACACCAGCACCAACACCAACGCCAACGCCAACACCAACACUAGCACCGCCACCACGAGUGUCUCCUCUCGGAAAAGGAAAAACAUCAUGUCUACAAAGACAUUCAACCCAACAACCCCCCAAAACAACCCCCGUACUAUCACCAAAUAUCAACAGGCCCCUCCUUCAGAGAAUCUGCUCUCUGACAAUGUACCCACUCAAGUGGUUUCUUCACACCCUCAAAUGGAAAACGUGAACGAUAACCACAAUCAGGGUGUGACAUCAUCGGGUUCUCACUAUAUCCAGACGAAUUCCCCCUACAACUCCCAUGGCGCCCAGCCCCAAAAUCCUCACGGUACUCUUCACAUUCCUCUGCAGCAAUCUCAACCUCAACCUCAACCUCAACCUCAGUCUCAGUCUCACACACAGGGCCAACCAUUAACACAGACGCACAUGGUGUAUCCGGUUGUUUCCCAAGUCCCCAACCAUAUUUUUGCCACAAUCAACCAUCCCCUAAAUUCAUUCCAACAAUACACCCCAAUGAACUACAACUACCCCAACGUCUACUCUUAUAAUAGCUUCCCUAGGCUGAACUCGAUAGUGGAGGACCCUAGUCUUGCCACAGCCCAGAGGAAAAGCUCAGUGCUACCGUCGGAUAUAGCAGCCUACUUAAAUACACAGAGUAGUGACUCCAGCUUGUUCACUAGUCCUCAUGAAUUUACAAAUAACAUGAAUGUUCAACCUUCAAACCAAAACUCUAGUUUUAUCUACAACCCAAAUAUACCCGGUACAAAUCCCAACCAUCAAAAUUCAAUGCCUCUAUUAUAUGGCACAAAUGUUUAUCCGAAAUUGUCAUUUGAUCAAGGCCUAUCCAAUUACUAUGGAUUCUCAGACACGUCAAUCAAUCCUGGUUUUUCGAGAGACUAUUCCAUAAGUGGGAAUACUACUAAUAAUAAUAAUCACAUUAACACCACCAACAACAACACCACCACCAACAACAACAACAACAACAAUAAUAAUAAUAAUAAUACUAAUAAUAAUAAUAAUAAUAAUAAUAAUAAUAACACUAAUAAUAACUCCCCCGUACCAAUACCACCCCCUGUCCCUGUUUCCUCCACUGGCGGUAGUGGAGGUGAAAGCACUGAACGUCUUUCAUCUAGUGACAAGACAAAAUCAUCAAAUCUCUCUAGUCAAAAUCAGCAGUUUGUUUAUGAUUCAUACCUCAAUACAAAUGGAACCAAUGACUUGAUAUCCAUCCGUCGCCCAAGUGAGCAUUUGGAUCCCUUCUUUGCUGCAAACUUACAAAACCCCUCAAACUCCAAUAACUCAAGGAAAAACCGAAACUCAAUCAGCUCUAAUUUCCUUAUACCAGCUGGUUCUUUCUCUAUAAAUCCCACACAAAACUCAAAUGGAUCGAUAUCGUUUAUGCCAGGACACAGCGCCUCAAACUCAAGACGUAACUCUUUCUUCUUUAGGAGGUUUCCUUCAAUUGCGCAGUUUCCACAAGAAUUCUCCACUCAAGAAGUUGACAAUUUUCUUAAAAGAGAAGGGAGUCAGGACAUAUUAGACCAAGCUAGCCUAUUUCCCCCAAGUUCAUAUACUAACGCAAAUGCGAAUGUAAAUGCAAAUGUAGACGCACAUUCAAUUAUAAACUCAAAUGCAAAUGCAAAUGCAAACGCAAAUGCAAAUACCAAAGUAACUACUCAACAAAAGUAUGGAUCCCAAGUAUCCACCUUUUCGAGAACUUCAACUGGCUCGUUAUCCCAGUACCAUACGAAUUCGGCAUCGCAAUCGAGAGCUAAUUCAAACACAAACACUAAUACGAAUCCCAAUUCAAAUCCAGGUUCUAAUAGGUCUUCAGCAACACCUGUGGCAGCUGAUGCCACUGACGUUGAGAAAAAUCCAAACAACACAACACAACCUUUUUCCUUACAGCAUCAAGUUUACCCAAAUAUGUUAUCUAUUCAGCAAGACCAGUAUCUGCAAAUCCAGCAGAACAAAAGGCAACAAAAUGAUAAACUGUCAACCAGGAAGAAAGUUGGUAGAAGAAUUGAAGAGAACGAAAACGGCGAAGAAAAUGCAAAAAAGGGAAAAGGAAAAGAUGAGAGAUUUGGGCUUGUUGGUGACCUCGGUGAUUCAACACCGAGCCCCAAUAAAGGAAAAAGAAGGUUGGAAAAUAGCGGUCAAAGUACUAAUAGUUUUGAGUCCAAUGUCAAGAUCAAGAAGGCGACCAAGAGGCGUAAAGUGAAUAAGAAUGACGUGCAUUUGAAGGCUGAAGAAGAGAACAAUGCAGAAAAGCCGUUAAUUGGUGCCACCAAGGUAGACCAGCUCAUGCUAAUCAUCCAGGCGAGACAAAAUGGUGUUUGCGGAGACAUCAAACAAGCAGACGAUGGCAGAAUCAUCAAGACCGAUGAAAAUGGGAAUGAGGAGAAUUCAAUUUUGCCAAACGCAGACGAACUAGUUGGAGGAGUUGAGAAAACUUCAGUCAAAGCUGACAAAUCACACGAGUGUAAGUAUUGUCACAAGAAGUUCACACAAAACACCCAUCUAGAUGUCCACCUUCGAUCACAUAUGGGUGUCAAGCCUUAUAAGUGUGAAUAUUGUAACAAAAAAUUUACGCAGGGAGGCAAUCUAAGAACCCAUAUGAGGUUACAUACAGGUGAAAAACCAUUCAGUUGUGACAAGUGUGGCAAGAAGUUCAGCCGAAAGGGUAAUUUGCAGGCGCAUCUGUUAACACAUGAAAACCUGAAGCCUUAUGUCUGUAAAUUUGAUGGCUGUGAGAAAGGGUUCACACAAUUGGGAAAUUUAAAGGCCCACCAAAAUAGAUUCCACCUGGAUAAAAUCAACGAAUUGUUCAACAAGUUGGCAGUUAUGGGCCAGAACAACCAAUCGAUUGAUGAUUUACCAGAGAAGGAGAGGGACCUGUUGAACUAUUUCUCCAGUCUAUACAAGAAUCUAAAUAAAGGAAUAAAGGGAAGGGGAAAAUCUAAUAAAUCUGAACAAAAUAACCCUGGACAAACUAAUUGA